CUUUAAUGGCUUAUAAUUGAUCAUUAAAGUAUUGGUAAAUUAUUUAUUAGCCAUUACUGAAGCCAUCAGUUACUUAAGGUAACAUAUAAGAAUGUGGUAAUCUAUACAGUUUUCCUGUGUUGGAAUACUUCAGAUUUGAUGUGUGGUCAUAUGAUUAAACACAUUUAAGGGGCAAAAAAUAAAUAAUUCAAGACAGUCUGAGGUAAGAUAAAAUAAAAAGCCUUUUAAUAUUACAUGGCAGAAACCAAUGCUGGUUUGCAAACCAGGCAAAGCAAAGUGAGCAAUUGCCCAUGGAAGUCCUCCAUUUUUAUCAAAUCAUUUUGGUUACUUCCAUCCCUCAUGCUCUUCCACCACAGGAUAACUUUAAGAUAUGUACACUGACUUUGCAGUGCCCAGGGUUUCUGGCUACGCCCGUGGUGAUCCUCAAUAGAGGAAGCGAACAGUUUAAAUGCUUUGCUGCGGCGGUGUAGUGACCUCUGUCUGCCGCAGGGAGUAGGGCUCAGCACCGGGAUUCAUGGGAUAAACUGUUGGACUGUUGACGUGAGUACGGCGGCCUGACGGCAUGUAGCUUACCCAGCGUUGUCUCAACAGUCUUCUGGACAUCUCGCUGUUAUGAAAGCCACCAACAGUUUCACUUGAUUUGGAGACAAGAAUUAAUUUUUUAUCAGUUAUCAGCACCGCUCGGCUAUCGACCAUGUGUCCAGUUAACUUACACCCGCGCCAAUAAGUGUCAGUUGGUCAAAGUUGCUUAGCCAUUAGCUCCUAGUUCAGUUAGCCAAUCCAAGUCUCUCUAGCACGACACAAGCCAGCUAAUGUCUUGUGCCGUCGCUAUCUUUGAACGGCUGUCAGCACCAUCACCGGGACAACGGGCAACCCCCGGCCGUCUGAUGGAAAGGUGAGGGGGACGAUGCUGAGAUUCCUCCACAUCCUUUUAACAGGCCUGUUAGGUGCUCUAUGGGAUGGAGUUAAUGCCUUUGGUGGAGUCAGACUAGUAGAUGGGGACAACAAGUGUUCUGGGAGAGUUGAGGUACUCCGCCAUGACCAGUGGGGGACAGUUUGCGACCAUGGCUGGGACCUCCGGGAGGCUGAUGUGGUGUGCCUGGAGCUGGGCUGUGGCUUAGCUGAAUCUGCCCUUCAUGAUGCAGCAUUUGGUGCGGGCAGAGGAGAGAUCUGGCUGCGGCAUGUCCAGUGCACUGGACAUGAAUCCAGUUUGACACGCUGUGCUGUUGUUCUCCACAGUAACUCCUACUGCACCCAUGAGAAUGAUGCAGGGGUGAAAUGCUCAGGUACCCUUUUAACGCCCACACUCGCCCUGCUGUCACCUCACACUGUGUUCUCACCUGGGGAGGCUGUUCGCUUCGGCUGCAGUGUUCUACUGGGUCACCACCUAAGUGACUUCCACCUGUACAAGGCUGGAGUAGCCACACCGCUGGUUACACAGAGGGCUGACCAGACCCAGCCCGGAGUGGAGCUCACAUUGUCUGACAUAGAGACUUUCCACCAGGGCAGCUACAGUUGUCGGUACAGGAUCAAGGGUGGCUUUCCUUCUCAGCUGCUCAGCUCUCCACCCAGCAACUCCAUCAACAUCACUGUGGUGGAACUCUUGACUCCCCAACACUGGUACAACACGUCCACUGAUGCCCCGGCUGGUUCCGUCAUCAAAGGCCACAGUUUUAAUAUCACCUGCUCCACCGCGCAGCAGUACCCUGGAGGUUCCUUCCAGCUGCGUCUGAUUCGCUCCAACGGCACAGUGCGCCAGUCCCUGCCUGCCCUCACCCCGUCUGUCACUUUCACCUUUCCCAACGCCCAGAGCUCCAACGAGGGCUACUACUACUGCCUGUAUCGGGUCCAGCUGGGUGGACGCACCUUUGUCUCCAGAGAAAGCCAGCCCCUGCCUAUAGCCAUAAGAGACCCAGAUCCAGUGCUCAGUCCAAUGGUGAUCAGCUGGCUUGUGUCUGGCCUGACAUUUGUCGUAGCUGUUGUUGUUAUAAUCAUUGUGGCCAAGGUACUGUGUAACAAGGAGAAGAAGCCCUCCGAACUGGAGCGAGAGACCAGAACCUGUGUGGACAACACUUAUGUUGCCUUAUCAAUUAACAAGCUAUGACGGGGUAUGCAGGCAACAGAUAACUAAAGCAGAAUCACUAGUGAGUGGUGAAAAGCCAGAAGGCUCACACUGUGUCCUCCAUGGAUUCAGGUGGCAGGGGACAUAAUACAGAACCAAACAGCUUGGCUGGUCAUCGACACACCUUUGGAAAAGGCAGCAGCUGGACCCAGUUCAGGCCGGUCUGGAUGAAGCACAGCUUUCAAUGGACACAAACAUAGACCUGAGACUGUACUGCAGUUUUCUUUCUUACCAAACUUCAGGUUAGCAUUACUGCAGGGAAGCCAUGGAUAUGAUUUGCUAUUAAGCAUUGUGUUAUAGUGAAAUGUAAGCGAAUGGCCACAGAAGACUGACAGACAGUAGAAACUAUGUCCAGUUUAAAUUCAAUCUUGGUUCAGGUUGGACUUCAGAUUCACUCAGACUUAGCUGUUGCCAUGACCCCAGAUGUAUGGUGUGGAAAUCUGCUGCAAAAAGCUAAACUGGGGAAACUGUGACAUAGCUUCUUCAGGUUUCUGUGUACAGUGGAUAUAAAAAAAUCUACACACCCUUGUUAAAAUGCCAGGUUUUUGUGAUGUAAAAAAAAAUGAGACAAGAUAAAUCAUUUCAGAACUUUCAGUGAAGACAAUAUGGCACGACGGUGACAUUACCAAGAACUGGACAUCCCUUCAAAAUUUAUGAAAAGACAAGAAGAAAACUGGUCAGGGAGGCCUACACCAACAUUAAAAGAACCGCAGAAAUUUCUAGCAAGUACUAAUUGUGUACUACAUGUGACAACAAUCUCCCAUAUUCUUCAUACGUCUGGGCUACGGGGGAAGAGUGGCAAAACGGAAGAAAAACAUCUAAGCUAAAUUUUGCAAAAACGUACAACAAGUCUCCCAAAAGCAUUUAGGAAAAUGUGUUAUGGUCUGAUGAUACCAAGGUUGAACUUUUCGACCAUGGCGUAAAAACAACACAUCACCGAAAGAACGCGACACCCACGGUGAAGCAUGGUGGUGGUGUUUUUAUUCAGCUGGAAGUGGGGCUUUAGUCAAGGUAGAGGGAAUUAUGAACAGUUCCAAAUAGCAGUCAAUUUUGGCACAAAACCUUGAGGCGUCCGCUAGAAAGAUGAAGAGGAAUUUCAACUUUCAGCACGACAACGACCCAAAGCAUACAUCCAAAUCAACAAAAGAAUCGCUUCACUAGAAUAUUUGGAAUGGCCCAGCCAAAGCCCAGACUUGAAUCCAAUUGGAAACCUGUGGGGUGGCCUGGAGAGGGCUGUGCACAGGAGAUGCCCUCACAAUCUGACAGAUUUGGAGCGCCUUUGCAAGGAAGAGUGUGUCAUGAUGAGUCAAGAUGUGCCAUGCUGAUAGAGUCCUACCCAAAAAGACUUUGAGAGUUUUUAACAGGGAUCUGUAGACUUUUUAUAUCCACUGUAUAUCCAGUUCAAAAACAUUGUUUUAUAUUUAUUAACAGGUAACAAUAAUGACAAGCUCCACUAGCUUAUUAUGUACUUGCUUCCACAGAUCAAUGAUCCUUUAAGGAUUAGAAGUUUUUGUACUUUAAGUAUAACCCUACUAUGCAUCUUAUGCCAUUAACUACAUGUACUGCACUUAGUGUGUAAGUAGAAACUAGAGUUGAUUAAAAUGUUGCUGUUGUUGGA